AGAGAGCCUAAUGCACUUUCUACGCCGGAGAACCGGGAGUGAGCCCACAUGCACCUCCAAACAGUUUUUCUUGUGAUUUUAAGAGAGAUUUUAUUUAGAGGCGGUGCUUGUUGGCUCCAGAGGGGCGUCGUAACGACACUUUCCCCCCCAGUCCCUGUUAAAAGAGUUAGACCAGGGCCAGAGUUGGUGCUGGGGGGUCGCUUAUAGUUUAGUAAUUUCCUGGGGGGUAAUUGCUGCUGUUUAUUUAUUUCAUUUUUUUCCAAUCCGAAAACCUUUUUUUUUUCUGUUUAAUUUCUAUUUUUUUUUCUACUCUUUAAUAUCGCCGCUGUCUCCCUCUCAGAUCUGAAACCCCUUCGAGAUUUUUCCUUUCAGAUCAUGAACAAACUAUACGUUGGGAAUUUAAGUCCUUCGGUCACUGUCGAGGACUUGCAGCAGCUCUUAGUGGAGAGAAAGCUGCCAGUGGCCGAACAGGUCCUGCUCAAAUCCGGCUAUGCUUUUGUGGACUUCCCCGACCAGAACUCGGCCAUAAAGGCUAUAGAGAUUCUUUGUGGUAAAGUUGAAUUACACGGAAAGGUGAUAGAGGUAGACUACUCUUGUCCCAAAAAACUAAGGAGUCGGAAGAUCCAGAUCCGGAACAUUCCCCCUCAUCUACAGUGGGAGGUUUUGGAUGGCCUUCUAGCUCAGUAUGGUACUGUAGAAAAUGUGGAACAAGUGAACACUGAUACAGAAACAGCGGUGGUGAAUGUUACAUACUCAAACAAGGAGGAAGCUAAAGCAGCCAUCGAGAAGUUAACAGGACAUCAGUUCGAGGACUACUCCUUCAAGGUGUCAUAUAUCGCGGACAUGGAUGCCGCUCCACCCGACCAGGCUCCUCGCACGCGGCGCGGGCGUCGGUCGUCCCGGGACCAGGGCCCCCCUGAGCCUGGGUCGUCUGGAGAGUUUUGCCCUCCGCGCAGCAGACAAUACGACUUCCCCCUGCGCAUUCUCGUGCCUACUCAGUAUGUGGGAGCCAUCAUCGGCAAGGGGGGCCUCACCAUCAAGAAUGUCACCAAACAGACACAGUCCAAGGUGGACAUUCAUCGGAAGGAAAAUGCAGGUGCAGCAGAAAAGCCCAUCACCAUCCACUCGACCCCCGAGGGCUGCUCCUCCGCCUGUCGCAUGAUCAUGGAAAUCAUGCAAAAGGAGGCCAACGAGACCAAGGCAACUGAGGAGAUUGCUCUAAAAAUCCUCGCCAACAACAGCCUGGUGGGCCGGCUGAUCGGGAAGGAGGGCCGCAACCUGAAGAAGAUCGAGGAGGAGACAGGGACCAAGAUAACCAUCUCCUCGUUACAAGACUUAACCAUUUGCAACCCUGAAAGGACCAUCACCGUGAAGGGCAGCUUGGAGGCGUGUUGUAAAGCCGAGGCAGCGAUCAUGAAGAAACUGAGGGAAGCCCACGAGAACGACAUUGCUGCUAUGAACCAACAGGCCAACCUGAUCCCGGGCCUGAACCUUAACGCUCUGGGCAUCUUCUCCUCUGGUCUGCCGAUGCUGCCCCAUGCUGCUGGACCACGCGGUGGAGUGCCCCCUGUGGCACCAGCAGGAUACAACCCAUUCUUCAGUCACUCUUCACAUCUCAGCGGCCUGUACGGGGUUCCUCCAGCAAGUGCCAUCCCCCACCAGCUUUCACAACAGGCUCAAGAACAGGAGGUCGUCUACCUCUUUAUUCCAACUCAGGCAGUGGGGGCCCUGAUCGGCAAGAAGGGCCAGCAUAUCAAACAACUGGCCCACUUCGCUGGUGCCUCCAUCAAGAUUGCCCCAGCUGAGUGUCCAGAUGCCACUGAAAGGAUGGUUAUUGUUACUGGAACCCCAGAGGCUCAGUUUAAGGCCCAAGGUCGGAUAUUUGGGAAGCUGAAAGAAGAGAACUUCUUCUUAGCGAAGGAGGAGGUCAAACUGGAGACACACAUCAAGGUUCCCUCAUCCGCAGCCGGCAGGGUCAUCGGCAAAGGCGGCAAGACGGUAAAUGAACUGCAGAAUCUAACAAGCGCUGAGGUCAUCGUGCCGCGGGACCAAACUCCAGACGAGAACGAUGAGGUCUUUGUGAAAAUCAAUGGGCAUUUCUUUGCCAGCCAGACUGCACAGAGGAAGAUCCGGGAGAUCAUUCAGCAGGUCAAACAGCAGGAACAGAAGCACCAGCAGGGCGCCACCGUGUCACCGCACCACUCCAAGUGACCAGCCGGGUGGCUCCAGCGGGCACCAGCCAAUGAAUGUAGCCCUCCCAAACAGACAGAGGCCUACCCAGACAAAAAGGCCAAGGCCAAGGGGGACAUGCAGGGCAGACCAGCAGCACCGGGAUCAAAACCAAAGAACUUCACCAGGAGGGAAACACGUGAGAGCCAAAGGCUGAGGGCAUUGUGUGCACUGCCAGCCCUGUGAGAGCAGAUGGAGUGGGAGAAACCUGUACUGAUAGAAAAUAAGAAAAAGACCAAAAAAAAAAAAUAAUCUAAAAGUAAGGCAGAAAAAUGGCAGAGAAUUUGGGGAACUGUUUUCUUUACAGUUAAAACGGUCAAAUGGAAGUAGUAUGUUGCCCUGCAUAACGUUAUCUCUUUAGUUGGACUAACAUAGGCCUAACAAAUGGAUAAAGAAACUGUAUUAACAUGAGCGUAUAUGAGGCAUUAUGAUUGGUAUUUUGGGUUAGAAUAAGAGCGAGUGACAAUGGACACCUCUCACAAGAGUGAGGGAUAUUAAAGAUUGCAAGAUUAAAUAUCAUUAGCAGUAUUGAUACAGAGUAGAGAGUAUAUUAAUACACACUGAGAGUAUGCACUGUUAUUUUUCUAUCCAAAUGACAGUUCCACUUGGUGUAGUUUGAACAUUUUGCUUGUUCCAGAGAUUGAUCGGGCUGUUGCAGCCAAAUAAAGCAGUUUCCGUUUUUUUUUUUUUUUUGUUCCCAAUAUAGGCCACUGAAAUCAAGAAAGAAAAAAACCCCUAUAAGUAAAUAUGGUGAAUGAGUCUUUGCAACAAGCCUGUGUGUGUGCCAACGCAAAAGAUAACGUCCCUUUGAAACAUCUCUCACCAUUCAUACCUGACGCUACACUUGUUUGUGUUUUUUUUUCCCCUUUUCUUUCUUUUCUGCUUCACUUUCUCAUCACUCUCUCUCAUCUGGCAUCAUGGUUGUUUAAAUAGGAUGAAAAUAUGUGUUGUCAAGUAUCUCUUUUUUUUUCUCUGUAGCCUUUUGACAACAUCCAAGAGACUGCCACUUUCGCUCAGCAGAGGUUAAACGCAACAGAGGGAUUUAUUUGUAUCAGUAAUCUGGUAUCACUAUCCUGUUCUGUACACUAGAAUAUAUCUACAUUCAUACUUGUCCUGAUGUGAAAACUAAAAAAAAAAAGGUGUCUUUAAAGGCAUCCUCCUUGACGGUCAGAGCAAAAAUUGACGUCUUAAAAAAAAGAAAAUUGGUGCACCUUUGCUUGUUAGCAAGCAACCCCUCAUUGUGAAAGUGCACCGACACAGCACUCUGCCUUAUGAGGACUUCAUGAGGGCCAAGACAGGUGACAGGGGCGGGGCGGGGCGGGGCGGGGCGGGAGGGUGCAUAAUUGUUGUGUGUGGAGUGGCAGUGAGGAAACAUUUUUGGGUUAGUAGGUGGGAUUUAAUGGGCAGGUACUGUAUGACCUGAAGUGCACACACAACUGCAAACGUGAACCACAGCCGUAUUUGGCUUUAACCCUCUCUCGUCAGGGAGUUUUCUAAAAACGGCAUGACAGCUGUGAAUGUACGAUAUGCAGCCUUUUUUAGAAAACUGUCAACCCUGCCGUGUCCAGCGAGGCCUGGCCAGAGGCACAGACACACAGAUUGUCAUUCUCACUCUCUCUCUCUCUCUCUUUUUUUUUCUUUUCUUUCUUUCUUUUUUGUCUUUUCGUGCUUUUUAUUUGGAGAGCUGGCCGACCGCUGUGCGAGCACGCUGGACACGCAGGUCCUGGUGUCCCCUCUGUGCGUUACUUUGGAGACCAUGGAAGCUUGUUGCCUUAUUUUGUCACCUGUCAGAAAAAAAUCACCCAUCCAUCAGCUUCAUCUUCCAGACGCAAGGUUAUUGCCAAUACGCACAGCUUCCUCCGUGUGUGUAUGUGUGUGAGUGAGUGUGCAUGCAUGUGUGUGUGUGUGUAUAUAUAUAUAAAAAGAGAGAGUAAUAUUUAUGAAUCUAUUUUUUUCCUAUUUUGUGAUGAGAGCUAUUGACAAGAAACAAAAAGAAACAAAGUCCUUUUCUUUUUUCCUCAGUGGGACACUGCCAUAUUAUUUUGAAGGGAAGUGUUUAUUUUCUUGAAAACUAGACUAUGAAUAAUAAUAUAAAGAAAAACCUGAAAAAAUAGGAGAACAGUAAAGUGAACCAACGCAUUAACUUUGGUCAGGAUGUGAACAGUGCGCAUGUCAGUAUUGUGAUCUACCUCAGGCUUCAGGGUACCUCAGUCCAAUCUUUCAUUUCCCCUUUUUUCCACAUUUUGUAUGCCUUGUUAACUGAUCAUUUUGAGCGUUUUUAAUUUUCUUUUUUAAUGAAAACAAAAAAAAAGAACAAGAUCUAAAAGUAAGCUCUAAACUCUUCAGGUCCAGCCGACUAGGGAAACUUUGUCAAAAUCGUAGUGAACUCUGGUGGACUCUCUCUGCCUGGGCACCAUAAAACCUCUUAAAUAAACGAGUCAAAGGAUUUCAAAGUCAAUUUUUAUUGCUAGAAAGGAAUGAAGAGCAGGAUCUUAGGGGUACAUACCUGCCCGAAGUGGUUCUGAAUGUGGAUGUUGUGUACUGAUUUCACCAUCAAAGAAAGAAAAAAGAAUACAGAAAAAACUAACCAACUGUACCUCCUGUUUUUUCCCAACUGUACCUCCAGGUUUUUUUAGACUUUAAACCUAAAUGAAGUUUAUUCACUUGUGUAAAAAAAAUAUAUAUAUACAAAUUUUUUAACAACCCAACCCGAUCUUUACCAGCUCUGUUAGUACUCUGGGGUUGAUUUGAAGAACAACACAAAGCUGCAAAAAUACACUGACAAGACUUUUGAACAUGGUGUAAAACCCUCGUCUUCUGUGUAGAAUGUAGAACAACUCUAGUCUAGUCGUUGAGAUGUCACUGUGUACGACAAGAUAACUGUAUAUCUGUAAACAUGUACAAUAGAGUCACGCGUUAAUGAAUCAAUUUCUGUCUCUCUAGAACACUUACAAGUCUGCACCUGCAUUGUGACAGAUGGUGGGAGAAGUUUAGAGCGUCACAGCUUCCCUCAAAAAUGACCUCUAAAUGGUUUUCUCAUCGAUCUACCGAUUAUUAUUUUUCUUGUUUUGUUGUGCUGUAAAUUUCAGAAUUACCUCUCAGAAUUCAAGGCUGACUUUAGUUACUAAAACCGAUGUAGGGCAAAAAAAAAAAAAAAAGAAAAGAAAAAAAAGAAUUAAAUGAAUGGUUUAGUGAAAGUUUGUGUUUGUCUUUGGAGUUCUUGUAACUGUUGAGAGCUGAAUUAGACUUUUAUUUUUUCCGAGGGCAGACUUUUGUCAUCAGAUGAGGUGGAUCAUUUUUUGUCCCAGUGAACACAGACUUAACAGUGCUUAAAAAUACAAAUAAUCAAAAAGGUCUAUCAAACUCACACAAUGCCUGAGGCUUUUUCAACAAGCCUCCCCACAGCCAGUACAGUACCUCAUACUGAUGACGACAGCUCGCCGCCCACACCGGACUCCUAUACCCUAAACCUUACCUGUAAGAAUGCAGUAUGGCUCCUUUUGACGGUCUGUCUUGCUCUUUCAGGGCAGGUCCUGGAGAAAAAAAAUGGCUUUUCACGGUCGCACUGUCAUUUGUAGUUUGUCACUCAUGGUUUGUUUUCCAGUCUGGAGUAGUGUUUAGAGCGGGUUUCAAGUUGAGGCUCUUUUCUUGCAGAGGACUCUUCAGACCCCUCUCUCUCUCUUUCUCUCUCUCUCCUUCUUCUCUCUCUCUCUCUCUCGUGUUUUUGGCUCUACGGUUCGGUUUCACUGUGAUGUUGUCAGCACAGCAAUGGCCAAUCACAAUCGGAGGUUGAAACUUGUUAGGGUUAAAAUGAUUUUUUUAAUUACCAAGCAUUGGUGUUUCUAGGUUGUGUGGGGUGUUGCUAGACAUUAAUAUUCAGUACAAGAAAAAAAACACAAUCACACACAUCACUGCGGGUGUACUGUGUUAGUCAUAUCACAUGGUGGUUGGAUAGCGUAGGCUUUUUUUUCUCCGUUUUGUUUUCUGUUGAUCUGGCUUUCUCGUCAUUUACACUGAUUUAAUUAUGUAGUCUGGGGCAGUAGCUGGGAUUCUUUUGCUUUAAUAUUCAUUCCUGUUAGAUCUCUAUCAAUAAUACUAGCUGUUAAAUUGUGGUUGAAUAUCCUAGCUAGGAUUUUGAGCAGAUUUGGGUGUCAGCACAGCAAAUGAAUUAUCUGUGACAUGCAAAGAUGGGGAUCGACAGUAUCCAGGUUUGAUUGAACAUUUUUAAAAAGCUGAUAAAAACACGUUCUGCUUUUAGGACUGAACCGAAAAGAGGGCAUUCAACAAACAUCCAAAUAUUGCAGCUCAGCUGAGGAAGGAUUUAGAUAAGUCUGGUCAGAUGUCUGCAGAACCACAGCAGUGUUUUUUGUCCCGUCUUGUUUUGAAAUGAGAAAACACAAAAGCAUUGCAUGAGACUGUUGUUCCAGUGUGUACUACACUUCAUAAAGCACUAGACUUUCAGUAGUUUUACAUGGAUCCUUUUCUGUGAACUGAUUUUCACAAUUUGGGAGAUUAAUUUUUGUUUCCUCAGAAGGUCACAACCCUCAAGUCCUACAUUUCCCACGGGCCAAAAGGUCCCAAACACCUCAAGGUAAUCAGUGACUGUGCACUGGACAGACAUAUGAUCCAUUAUUGUCACAUCUGGUGGAUCCAUGCCUUUCUGGUUACAGCCAUGCUGUUGUUUUGAGUUGUGAGUGAACUGUAUUGCUGAGCAACCUGGAUCUGAGCAAUAAAGAACAUUUGAAAAACA